AUGGGGAAGAGAGCCAAUAUGCUCCCAGAGAUCACCACAGUUGUGGGGUUCCUCUCCAACUUGUUGAGGACCUGGGGCUGUGUAAGUGAACAGAGGCUACAAGUUUUCAUCAGGACUCUUCAAGGGGCACUCACGGAACACUAUAAAUGCCACUGGUUCCCAGAAAAGCCAUUAAAAGAUUCAGGCUACUGCUGUAUCCUAAUCAACCACAAGAUGGACACCAUCAUCAGCAAGGUAGCCAGACAGAUUGGAUUCAGCCUGCCUCAGCUAUACCAUCUGCUACCCAGGAAGUUGAUCCUUUGGGUGGACCCUUAUGAAGUGUCCUACCAAAUUGGGGAAGAUGGAUCAAUUUGUGUCCUCUAUAAGGCAGGGCCCAGUCCAUCUUCUUAUGGAUUUUUCACUCCAUGA